GGGUUAAAAAAAAGGGGUAACAGUCGCUACUCUUCUCCUUCAAUUGCGCGCGCUCGCCCCCUCUCUCUCCACACUACGUCCUAUUCGCUGCCGGAGCACAAUGCCGUCGCUUGAUAUCAUGGGUGACCGCCGAUCCGGCCAAGAUGUCCGCACCCAGAACGUGGUGGCAUGUCAAGCAGUAUCCAACAUUUUGAAAUCGUCUCUUGGACCCCUUGGUCUCGACAAGAUGAUGGUUGAUGAUAUUGGUGAUGUUACAAUAACUAAUGACGGGGCUACCAUUCUUAAAAUGCUGGAAAUCGAACAUCCAGCUGCUAAGAUCAUGCAGGAGUUGGCUGAACGCCAAGAUAACGAAGUGGGCGAUGGAACAACGUCAGUGGUUAUUUUAGCUGCUGAGUUGCUCAAGAAAGCAAAUAACCUGGUGAGGAAUAAGGUUCAUCCAACAUCUGUAGCAAGUGGAUACAGGCUUGCUAUGAGAGAAGCAUGCAAAUAUAUUGAAGAGAAACUUGCAGUGAAGGUUGAGAAGCUGGAUAAAAGUUUUCUUGUGAAUUUGGCAAAGACAAGCAUGUCAUCAAAGUUGUUAGCUCCAAACAGUGACUACUUUGCAAGCCUGGUUGUAGAUGCUGUACAGGCGGUAAAGAUGACAAAUGUGAAUGGUGAGACAAAAUACUUAAUUAAGAGCAUCAAUAUUCUUAAAGCUCAUGGGAAAAGUGCAAAAGAUAGCUAUCUUUUGAAAGGUUAUGCUCUUAACACCGGCCGAGCGGCUCAAGGAAUGCCCAGUAGAGUUGCCCCGGCUAGGAUAGCUUGUCUGGAUUUCAAUCUCGGGAGGACAAAAAUGCAAAUGGGUUGCCAAGUUUUAGUUACUGAUCCUAGAGAACUCGAGAAAAUCCGACAAAGAGAAACAGACUUGACCAGAGAACGUAUUAAGAAACUACUGAAUGCUGGAGCUAAUGUUAUUUUGACCACUAAAGGAAUUGAUGACAUGUCACUAAAGUAUUUUGUGGAGGCUGGUGCAAUUGCUGUCAGACGUGUGCCGAAGGAAAACAUACGCCAUGUUGCUAGAGCCACUGGUGCAACACUGGUUUCUACUUUUGCUGAUAUGGAAGGGGAGGAAACAUUUGAUCCUUCAGUUCUUGGACAUGCCGAUGAAGUUGUGGAGGAGCAUGUUGCGGAUGAUGAUGUCCUUAUGAUAAAGGGGACAAAAACUAAUUCUGCUGUUUCUUUGGUCCUAAGAGGUGCAAACGACUUCAUGCUUGAUGAGAUGGAAAGGGCUUUUCAUGAUGCUUUGUGCAUUGUUAAGAGAACUCUUGAAUCAAACAUGGUAGUAGCUGGUGGAGGGGCUGUUGAGACAGCUUUGUCAGUCUACUUAGAGAGCCUUGCUAUGACGUUAGGGUCAAGGGAGCAAUUAGCGGUUGCAGAGUUUGCUGACGCCUUGUUAAUUAUACCAAAGGUUCUUGCCGUUAAUGCAGCAAAGGAUGCAACAGAAUUGGUUGCUAAGCUACAAGCUUACCAUCAUGCUGCACAGACCAAGACUGAGAAGCAGCAUUUUUCAAGCACGGGAUUGGAUCUAUUGAAAGGCACCCUCCGAAACAACCUAGAAGCUGGAGUCGUUGAGCCGGCAAUGAGCAAAGUGAAGAUUAUCCAGCUUGCAACUGAAGCGGCUAUAACUAUUAUCAGAAUCGAUGACAUGAUCAAACUUGACAAGGAUGAGAGCCAGGAUGUUGGGGAGUGUUGAUUGACAAACACUUGAUGAGUAGACUACUUGUAGCCUUCCCGUUCCGGCUCCGGCUAGAAUCGUAGGUCUGAAACGAUGUACCUCCUUCAUUUCCCCGCUUAUUCUCUUUAACGCAAAGGUUUCUAGUGUACCGACCAGAAUUUUCAUGAAAUUGUUCCCGGUGAAAGAUUUGAAAUUAUUUCAACUUCUUAUUUGAACUUAUAUAAGACCUUAUAUGAUCUUUGAUGUACGUGGAUACAAAUCAUACAAUACUCACACUUGGUCUAACAAUAAUACUUUGGCUAUCACCAAA